UUCCACCACACCAUGUACUUUUUUCCCUGGAGAUUUCCUGUGAAAGACUGUGUUAACUCUCUUUUGGAUAGGCUCUACUAACCAUGGAAAAACCGCAGGCCCAGGGGACACCAUAAAAGGCCACGGACCUGCCCGCCCAGCGAUCACCAGCUCGAGCCAUGCUGACGCUCCUUCCCUCCAGCUGCUGUUCACCCGUGAGGCUCCACCUGCUGCUCUCUGCGCUCUUCUUCUUGAUCCUCUUAUCCCCGGUAAGAAGUGGUAUGAGUUCUGCGCGAAACAACUGUCUCAAUCUGCAAGGCAAUUGCAAAAGAGACACCUGCAGACUGACAGAAGACAUAAUUGGCUACUGCCAAAGAAGGUGGAAAUGCUGCCGCUCGUGGUGGGUUCUUCUGCCGGUUCCAACGCCCGCUGUCUAUUCAGAUUAUGUAGAACCUAUUAAGCCUAAGAUAAAAUGA